CGAUGCAGCGACGCUCGUGGUCGGUGGCGUCGUCUGCAGUGCAGCGUCAUCACGGGUUUACCACGCGGUAUAUGCUGCGUAACGCCUGCGGAGCGUUACUGCGCGGUAUUUUUCGCUUGCCUGUUUUGAUGCAGCCCAAACCGUUGUUUACGCUGGGGUGCGCGAGCUCGCGCGUGUACCUGCCAACAGUGUUUUUGCCAUCGAUUGGGUACCAUUGCUGUGCCCCACGCCCGGACUGUUCCGAGACACUGGAUAGUGUGUCGCUUGAGGUGCUUGUUAAGAUCAUUCAGAUCUUGCUAAGGUAUCUAAGUAUUAUCAAGCACCACAAGAGACCUCUUCCUACCUCACAAACCAUGAUGUUGGUAUGCUAACUGCAACCUGUUUGCCCACGCUGUUACGACCGCAUAAACACACCCUCGAAUUUUCGUACCAAUUUGCACCCGAUUGUGAAGCGAAUUAGAAACUGUCACUUAAUGUCACAUCAGCAUAAAGGUUUUUCGCUGGCGGGCCGGCGAAACACCCGUGUUGGCGAAAACAAUUUGCCAACUCGCUGGCAUUCAGGCGUUAAAAUAAACAUUCGCAGACAAACGGUCCAGUUAGCGAUCAAUCGUGAAACGGUAGCGUACAAUAAAAAUAGCCCCAAACAAAACGCAUUUAAAGCGCGAAAACAAAACAAAAAUGGGCGCAAUUUAGGGCACAACUUUAACAGAAUUUGCAGGAAAUUUGCAGCGAAGGCAACGUGGAACGCUAAACAAACACCUCCUCUCAAUCCAACCCCCUCGGCAAAGACACACGGUGCUUAGUAACGGUGAGCCACGUUACCACGUACGUUGCUGCAGUGUGACGGGUCUAAUUAGGGAAAGGGCCUGCUCGUUUGCUGGCGAUCGCCUCCCACCACCCUUCGCAAGGGUGGGUGUGGGGUGUGGGGUGUGGGGCAUUUG